CAUUGUUGCAUGAGUUUUGACUCAUUUGAAAAAACGUUUUUUCCAUUGCAACGCCGGAGGGUUCCUCUGGCCGCAAACAAUAAGGAUGAAGAACCUGCUAUGUUUGCUAGUAUUACUGUGCUCUGCUGAAAUACAAAGCUUUGAUAUAUUAGUUGAGGAAUCACCAGAAUCUGCGGAUCUUGGGGAUCUUAUAGAAGAUUUUCGACUGGACUUUGGAGAAAGAAACAGGAGAAGUGUAAGCGAUGAAGAUGCAGAUGAGGCACUUUCCCAGGAUUCUGUCACCCUCUACAGCUACAAAGUGGAAUCCACCAUCACUUCACAUUUUGUUAAUACCAUGAUACGUAGUAAAGUGGUUAACAAUGCUCAAAAUUCACAGAACCUUGUUUUUGAUGUUCAGAUACCUAAAGGAGCAUAUAUCAAUAACUUUACCAUGAAUGUUAACGGCUUCACUUUUAGUGGAUCAAUUAAAGAGAAGACUGAGGCUAAACGCUUAUAUUCCAAGGCCAGAGCAAGAGGCCAAGGCAGCCGGAUUAAUGAGGUAAACGAGGAGGAACUUGCAAUAUCCUGUACAGGAAGUUCAUGA